AUGUCAUCAAGUGUCGGAAAACUCUUCGAGUUUAUGUCAUUAGUAGGCCAAUUAAAGAGAGUUAAAAGAACAGGAUGGGUGCUCAGAAAUGUGAACAACCCUGAGAGUGUUUCAGACCAUAUGUAUCGAAUGGCUAUGCUGUCAUUUCUUGUUGAUCCUAAAGCUGGAAUAAAUAAAGACAGGUGCAUUAAAAUGUCAUUAGUCCAUGAUAUGGCUGAAAGUAUCGUGGGAGAUCUCACACCAGCAGAUAAGGUUUCAAAGGAAGAGAAGUUUGUACGAGAAGAGAAAGCCAUGCAGCAUAUUACCAGCCUUGUCGGGGAGGAGGUUUCACAGGAAAUCCUAUGUUUGUGGAAGGAGUAUGAGAGCCAGUCAACAGCAGAGGCAAGAUUUGUGAAAGAUCUGGAUAAAUUUGAGAUGAUACUUCAAGCUACAGAGUAUGAACAGCUAGAAACACGACCAAAGGCACUACAGGAAUUCUUUGACAGCACCAAUGGAAAGUUCCAGUCACCUCAAGUCAAAGAAUGGGUGGAAGAAUUGAAAAAUAUACGUGAAGAAAAUGUUAAGAAGAAUCAGACUUGAUGUUUUUAGCUUACCUAGCAUAAAGGGCCAAGUGUACUUAAUACUGUGGUGUCCAUCGUUUUUCAACUGUACAGUCAUGGCUAUAUAGGUAUCUGUUGUAGCCUACGUAGAGGCUACACAUCUAUAAGUCUGUAAUAGUACGGUACAUAUCAGAUUUAUUUCUAGUUUGAGUCUGUUCAGAAUCACAAAUGAAAAAUAACCACUUUCAAUGAUUGCUAUAAAAAUCAGAGAGUGUUACAAUUCAGUUCAACAAUAUCCGUUGAAUAAAAGCAUCAAAUUUUA